AUGGAUAGAUGUCACUAUGAUCAGUUAGUAGAACAGAUUAGGUCCCAAAGGUUAGAUAAUAACGUAUUCUUUGGGCCUAUAAACUCUUUAAUCCAAAAAGAUUUUUUACAGCUCGAAAAUAUAAGAUUUUUCAUUACACUGGGAUUAGAUACGUGCCAGUUAUCGCAACUUUGGGAUAAUGGUUCGCUAAGGAAUGAUGAUUCUGUAGUGAUUAACUUUGAUCCAAAAUUUAACCCAAGUGAAAUAGAUACUACGAGUAGAUUUUUUUAUGAAAAUGUGGAAAAUUUGCGUAAAAUCAUAGCCAAUGUAGCUAAUGAUUGUAAUAAUACUAAUCAGCAAGAAAUGAAAAAACUGGUUAAAAAUGAUAUAGAGAGCCUCGGAACGCUUUAUAGUGGGAACUGGGGGGUUCAAAUGCGAUAUUUGUUGGAUAUCGCUAUCAUCUUCAAAAUAGCUUCACAAUACGGUAAAAUUUUGAUAGUGUCGAAAAAUGGUAAUGAUAACGUCUUGGUAUCAUUCUUGAUAGCCAUUCAAAUGAUUCAAAAUCCACAGUUAUCGGCAUUAGAAGCAUUCAAAUUUAUCAAGGUUCAAAGACCCUCGGUUCAUGAAUUGACACCUGAAUUUGUCAGUUUGUGCAAUUCAUUGAGCGGCAACUCAUUAAGCGGACCAAUACCAGAUAAACAGAGUCGAAAACUGGAACAAAUGGACUACUUGUCUUCAAAAAGAUCUCGUAUCAGUGACUAG